GCUCCAAUCGUUGUUCACCGCCAAAACCAAAAAACGAAAAUCCGCGACUUAAAACGGCGAUUUCAUCGGCUCUGAAAUGGCGGUCCGCUUGUGCAAUCCCCUUCGCCUUCCUUCUCUACCUUCAAUUUCUACCUGCAAAUCCAGUAGAAGCCGCGUGUUUUCUGUCCGGAGUUGCAUUUUGGAAUAUAAUGAAUCUCGUAAGUUAGUUUUGGAAGUGAAAGAGAAGCUUAAGAAAGAUCAUCAUUACCUUCCUGAGGGUAAAAAUGGAAGAGACGAUGAAGAUAUGAUCCUCUGGUUCCUCAGGGACAGAAAGUUUUCCGUGGAAGAUGCUAUUGCAAAAUUGAUCAAAGCAAUUAAAUGGCGUCAAGAAUUUGGAGUUUCUGAACUGACUGAAGAUUCAGUGAAAACCAUAGCUGAAACUGGAAAAGCCUAUGUACAUGACUUUCUCGAUGUCAAUGAGAGACCGGUACUCGUUGUAGUGGCAUCCAAACAUUUUCCUGAUGUGCAUGAUAGAACUGAAAAUGAGAAGCUUUGUGUGUUUCUAAUUGAAAAGGCAUUGAGUAAGCUUCCACAUGGGAGAGAAGAAAUUCUUGGCAUAAUUGAUCUUCGAGGCUUUGGUACCGAGAAUGCAGAUUUAAACUACUUAACAUUCUUGUUUGAUGUGUUCUACUAUUAUUAUCCAAAGCGGUUGGGCCAGGUCCUUUUUGUGGAUGCUCCAUUUGUGUUCAAGCCAAUCUGGCAGCUUGUCAAGCCCUUGUUAAAAUCAUAUGUUUCUCUGGUGAGGUUUUGCUCUGUGGAGACAGUGCGUAAGGAAUAUUUUGAAGGAGAGACGGUACCAGCCAACUUUAGAGACUGAGUAAUGUUGCUAGCUCAUAUAUUUACUUUGACUCGAGGCACUGUGUAUAAUGCUGAUAUUGUAAAUUCUUAACGAAAGCUUCUUCUUCUUCUUCUUCUUUUUUUUUUUUUUUUUUUUUUUUU